UGCUACUGUGGUUACCAAAUGCCCUAUCCGGAUCCGUCAUCGAUUCCAGCCGCGAGGGCCGCCGUUUCCAUGGGUUUGAGUGACGUCCACUUCGGCAACUUAGAACCUGCAACAUCAAGAUCUGAGCUUCGGACAUCAGUGAACGCUUCACCUCGGACCAACAAUCUGUCCUAAACUCUGGAAUGGACUUUCCCACUUGGUAUUGCCAAAAAUGCCGUAACCCGCUCAUGCUUGAAAGCUCGCUGGAGGACUUGAAUCCAGCAGCCUACGAUCUGCUUGUCGCCACGCAUUCGCAACAGGCGCCCAAAAAGCCCUCUGGUCCUCGGACUUUACACUCGCAGGACAACGCUAGGAAAUCGACAUACGAACAGGCCGCUCGAAAUGCCCGCCAUCCGACAUUUAGAAGACACGGAGCGCCUGGCAGGGGCGAGGGCGACCACCCACGAGACUCUGCCAUGUCUUUCAUUUUCUUGACUGAAUCCCAGAUCGCGCCACCAAACCCUACGUCACAAAGGAACCAGCAUGUUCACCACGCUUCGUCCGCACCGGUUGGAGGCCACGAUGGCAAUGUGGACGAGGAGGACGCCAACAAAUCCCACGAGAUGGAACGGAUCACCAAGCUCUUCGAGAUCCUGUCGGCCCGCUCCGACAUCGACCACCCCGUCUGCGUCGAGUGCACAGAACUGCUGCUAGAGGAGCUGCAGAAGAAACUCGAGUCGACGACGCGCGAGCGGGAUGCCUACCUCGCGUUCCUGAAGGACAUGCAGGCCAACGCGCCCACAGACGAAGAAUUACGGGCGCGGGAAGAGGCACUCCGAAAAGCCCGAGAAGCUGAGGCCGUGGCGCGCGACGAAAUCCGCGAGCUCGAGCGGGAGAAGGAAGCUCUUGACGCCGAGCUGCUCGCACUCGAAGAAGAAAGCCAGAAGCUAGACGCCCAAGAGGAAGCCUUCUGGCGGGAGCGCAAUGCCUUCGCAAGCCGGCUUGCUGAUUUCCAGGCGGAGCGUGACAGCAUCAACAGCAAGUUCGACCACGACUCGCGCCAGCUCGAGAAGCUGCAGCGCAGCAACGUCUACAAUGACACCUUCUGCAUCAGCCACGACGGCACCUUCGCGACCAUCAACGGCCUGCGCCUGGGCCGCCUAUCCGCGCACCCCGUCGACUGGCCCGAGAUCAACGCCGCAUGGGGCCAUGCCCUCCUCCUGCUCGUCACAGUCGCCGAUAAGCUCGGCUACCGUUUUGAGGGCUACGAGCCCGUGCCGAUGGGCUCAACGUCGCGCAUCAUCCGCUACGACCAGCCCUCGCCAUCGUCGAGCCGACUCAGCGGAACCCCCUCUCGCAGCGCCCCGCCCCCUGCCCCGAAGCGGCACGUCCUGGAUCUGUUCUCGUCGGGCGACAUGCCGCUCGGGCUGACCUUCAUGCACCGCAAGUUCGACAACGCCAUGACGGCGUUUCUGGAGCUGGUGCGGCAGCUGGGAGCGCAUGUGCACGCGCAGACGGCGGCCGAGGGCAGCCCGCUGAGUCUACCCUACCGCAUCGACGGCGACAAGAUUGGCGACGUCAGCAUCAGGCUGGGCGUCGCGCAGGACGACGGGUGGACCAAGGCGUGCAAGCUCACCAUGACGUGCUGUAAGUUUCUGCUGGCGCACGCGAGUAAUGUGAAUUCGGCGUACAAUGGGCGGGCGGCGGCGUAAAACGGGGCAAGUGGAGAUAUGGCGCAUGGGCUUGGGUUUGGGAAGGGAUUUAUCUUGUUAGGUGGGAUGGAUGUAUGGGAUGCGGCGUGUGGGAGUUGGCUUGGUUGUGAUUCCGGGAGUAUCUGGGAGGGUCGGCAUAGGGCCGCGGUGGAGGACUCAUAUGUGGUGUUUUUGUCUUCUCCUUCCGUCGGGUUCAUGGACUUACUGAUACCAUGGUGGCGUUGGUGGGCCAAGCAGGCAAUCGUGGCAUCAUAUCCAUUGACAGGGCAAACAGAGCCAGGAUUU